AGGAGAAGCGGAACCAAGAUGUUUAAUGGUUGAUCCGAGUCGGCAUGUAAACAGUGUGACACCUCAGCAUCAUGUCCCGUACAGCAGAGGUCUUGUCAGAAUAAAUCUGUAAUUUAGAAAGUGUGAAGCUGUUGUCACAUUUAGUUUAGUGUCAUGAAACUGCAGCAGGCGCUCCGCAGUGUCGACAAAUUCAGAACCGUGUUCGACUUCGGUGGCCGGGACGUGGCUCACUGGUUCCCCGGACACAUGGCUAAAGGACUCAAGCAGAUGAGAUCCAACCUCAAGAAAGUGGACUGUAUUAUAGAAAUCCACGAUGCCAGAAUCCCAUUCUCUGGAAGAAACCAUGUGUUUCAGGAGACUUUAGAUGUCAGACCGCAUCUGCUAGUUCUCAACAAGAUGGACCUUGCUGAUCUGUCCAGCAAGCAGACAAUCCUGAAAAUGCUCGAAAAGAAUGGUGUGAAAAAUGUUCUCUUCACAGACUCUUUGAAGCAGAGAGAUGACAGCAUCAAAAAGUUGGCACCAAUGGUGGUGGAAAUUAUUGAAAACAAACCACGCUUUAACAGAGAUGAGAAUACAGAUUAUUGCCUGAUGGUUAUCGGUGUGCCCAAUGUGGGGAAGUCAUCUCUUAUUAAUUCAUUAAGAAGAACAAACUUGAAAAAAGGUCGUGCGUCUCGUGUAGGUGGAGAGCCAGGUAUAACUAAAGCGGUCCUGACGAAAAUUCAGGUGUGUGAGCGACCCAUAAUGCAUCUUUUGGACACACCAGGAGUCUUGCCUCCUAAAAUUGAGAGUGUUGAAACAGGCAUGAAGCUGGCGUUAUGUGGAACUAUUCUGGACCAUUUAGUGGGUGAAGACAUUAUUGCAGACUACUUACUCUAUUCCCUGAACAGGCUUGGGAAGUUCAGUUAUGUGGAGAGAUACGACCUGCAAGAGCCUAGUGAUGACAUCCAGCAUGUCCUCAAACGCAUUUCUGUAAAACUCGGAAAGACACAACGGGUCAAAGCCAUUACUGGAGUGGGGAACGUUACUGUCACUGUCCCAAACUACACAGCAGCAGCUUACGACUUCAUAAGAGCCUUCAGGAAAGGAGAGCUGGGACUAGUAAUGCUGGACUGACCUGAACCGUCUUAAUGAAGAGACUGAUUCUGGGUUUUUCCAGUUUGCCCUCAACCUGGAAGGAUUUAUAUUUAACCACAAAAUUCUUCAAGGGAACAUAGCGCGUUUCUGUCCUCAUGCCUUUUGACAUUUUGGGGACAAGAUGAAGUCUGUUUUGUUGGGGGAUUUUACAGAAAUCUCCAAAGCACUUUGACCUUUGUAAAUAAAAGAAUUUAACUUGA